AUGAAUUUAAAAACAAAUAUAAUUUUAUAUGUAACUUUAGUGUUUGUUCUUGUUGCUAUUGCCCAAGUUCUGGCUGCAGAUGGUGAUUCACAAAACGAUGGUUCUAGAGAACAAGAAAAGAAUGACCUUAUGAAAAUGAGUUUGGAAGCUUGGAUAGAACUAACUAAUCUGGUACCUCUGGAAGAUAUUUAUGAGAACCGAUGUAUUGCUGAAAAACUUUUGACAUAUGCGUUUAUUUAUUUCUCCUUUUUAAUUAAAUUGGCUGCAGUUUUUAACUAUAAAAAUUGCACAUCGGUAUACAAUAGAACUACAGGAAUGUCAAAACUAUUAAAAAUUAAUAAAAAAAUUUUUAGAAGUUGCUUUUUAGUUUCAUUUUCAACUGCUGAGAAAAUUGCUAUAUUUGUUGAUAGUAUUGGAAAUGAAGAUUUACUAAAAAAAUUAAAGCCACAAGAUAGUUUUUUAUCUUUUUUAUAUUUAAUCAUUGCUAAUUUGGGAGAAAUUUUUUUAACAAUGAAGAAUAUUCUCAAAUAUUUAAUGACUAUUUUUACACAUAUAAAUGAUCCCCAUUUGGAUAUGAUGAUAUCUACAGUAGUUGAAGAAUAUUACACUUUAUUACCUUCUAUCGAUCAAGCUGUAGAGGAAUUAGAGAAAUUAAGUACUGUUCAAUUUGCAGAAUUAGUUGAACAAAAUGGAAGUCAAGUUUUAGCUCUUUCUUUUGAAGUUUUUGAUUUUAAUCCAGAGAUUGAACACAUGAAAUUGUUGAAAGAAGCAAGGCAAAGAAAGUUAAAAAUAGCUCAAAAAGUUGAAGCUGCUGGUGGAGAGUCAAAGAAAGCCAUAACUGAUAAAGCAAAAUGUGGGAUGAUUUCCGGAGAAUUAUUUUUAAUGGAAAACAUAAUUCUUUGUUCUUUUUUAGUUUACGAAUUUUGUAUGGAAUCUUUAUCAGUUUUUGACGAUCAUGCUUUAACUGCCAUUGAAGCUAUUGCUCUAAUCAAAGAACAAUUAUUGAAGUUAAUAAUAAUUGCAGGUACUGAGUUAGAUUUAGAAGAACAACAAGUUGUUGAAAUUAGGAGAACAGUUAACCAAAUUUUAGCAAUGGAGAACUUAAGGGCAGCUAAUGUUAUAUUUAGCAUGCAUCGAUCACGUGUCAAACAUGAUGAUUUAUUAGCUGAUUUUAAAAAUAUGCUUUCGCUUCUUAAUGUUAGUUGUAAGACACUUGAAAAAAAUCAUCAAAGGUACGGAAGAACGGAUUGCGUAGAUAAAAUGGUCAUGUUAGUAAAACCUCAACUGAAAAGAGGAUUAAGUUUUUUUAGAGAUUAUGUUGGUACUCUCACAUCAGGAAAACAACAAUUACAAGUUCAUUAUCGAGGUGAUCAUGAUAUUUCAGAAGAAAGUGGAAAGGGAAGAGCUGCGGAUAAGAAAAAGGAUAGAAAGAAACAAAAACCAAGAAAAGGUGGAACUGAAAAAUCAGAUAAAAGCACUUCUGAAGAAAAGAAGAAAAGCAAAGCAAUGGAAAAAUUCGAGUAUUUAUUAACUAAUCGGGCAAGCACAAGUAGUGACGAACGCAUUGUUAAAGAUACCAGUUCUUCAAAAGACACUUCUCCUGAGAAAACCAAGGGAGGAGAAAAGACUCAUGGGCCCAGAAUUGACAGAAAAGCAUUAAAAUUACAAAAGCUUCAACAAGAAGAAGAGAAAUCUCUAAAGAAAGAAAAAAUAAAGGAAACAAUUAAAGAACAAAAACUCGUAGCGGCCUCAGCAAAGAAGAGGAAGCAAGAAGAAAGAAGAGAAAAGAAUGAAAGUAGAAGAGAAAGGGAAGAAAGAGAAAGAGAGGAUAGGAGACGAUCGGAAAAAGAAAGACAAGAUGAAAUUCAACAUAGACAAUUUAUGCAUUCAUUAACAACUCAAGUAGAAAAAAUAGAAGAAUUGUUUAAGGAAGCUGGAAAAGGAGAAAGUUUUUCCGCUUUAAUUUCGUUUGUCUUUAGCGUAAUAAGUGAUGAGGUUGAAAGUAAAGAAAAGAGUGAAGAAGAUCUUUCAAAACAGUUUGCCUCAAUGUCAGUUUCAGGAGCGACUGGUGCACAGGGUACAAGCCAAAGACCAAGUUUAGGGGCAAGGAGCAAAAGAAGAGCAGAUGAAGUUCCAGGAGAUGGGCCAGUAGGUUCAACAGCUGAGUUUUUCAAAUCAAAAGUAUCAGCUCCACUAAGGAGAGAUAGAAGUAGAUCUAGUGAUAGAAAUAGAUCUAGUGAUAGAAAUAGAUCUAGUGAUAGAAGUGGAUCUAGUGAUAGAAGUAGAUCUAGAAGCGUAAGUAGAACCACGGGAGAUUCAGGAUCAUUCGCUGGAAUGAGCUUCGACGUAUUUACAGUACCUAUGUCUUUAUUUGAAGAGCAAGGUGGACCUGGAAAGUCUAGAUUUUUAAGAUUUUUUUCAGCUGGUGAAGAAGAUCCAGAGAAGACUGAAGAAAAGGCAAAUGCUUGUUUAGAAUACUGUUCGGUAACUGAUAUUUAUUUUUCCACUGUUACAGAAGCGUCUACCUUAGCUGAAGUAGAAGCUGCAUUAGAAACGUGUGGCAAAGAAAUUCAAAACUUACAUUUAAGAGUUGCACCAUCAUUGACUGGUAAAGCACUUCUUGCAUUAAAGUUAGUUGAGAGGGAUUUGAUUGCUUCAUUUAUCAGAAUGUUAUUACUGCAAAAACAAAAAAGUAAGUAA